AAUUAAAACACAACAAUAACAAUGCUCUGUACCUCCAAAAAUGAAAAUGGCGGUUUCACUUUCAGCUGCUAAAGCCUCUCAAAUUCCUCCCAACUCCUCAGACCUUCCCGACUCUCAAUCCCCAAAAACCCACAAGCCCAAAAACCUUAACUUGUCUUCCAAUCUCCAAACUCGCCAGCUCUCCUUCACAAAAACUCAAGAAACAUCAUCAUCACUCCUCGCCACUUGUUCAUCCAUCAACACCCAGAAGAACCCGAAUGAUGAUUUGCAAAAGCUUUGCCUUCACGGGAAUCUAGAAAAGGCUUUGAAGCUCUUGGAAUCUAUAGAGGAACUUGAUAUUUCCGUGGAAGAAGACUCGUAUAUUGCUCUGUUGAGGCUCUGUGAGUGGAAGAGAGCGCGCGAAGAAGGGGCUCGCGUGCAUUCUUACGUUUCCAAGUCCAUAACCCAUUUGAGCGUUCGGCUCGGAAACGCACUUUUGAGUAUGUUUGUGAGGUUUGGAAACUUGGUUGAUGCUUGGUAUGUGUUUGGGAGAAUGGAGGAAAGGAAUGUGUUUUCUUGGAAUGUGUUGCUUGGCGGGUAUGCAAAAGCCGGCUUCUUUGACGAGGCUUUAAAUUUGUACCAUAGAAUGUUGUGGGUUGGAAUUAGGCCUGAUGUUUAUACUUUUCCUUGUGUUUUGAGGACUUGUGGGGGUGUACCUGACCUGGCAAGGGGUAGGGAGAUUCACGUUCAUGUUGUAAGAUUUGGGUUCGAGUCGGAUGUCGAUGUUCUCAAUGCUUUGAUCACAAUGUACACGAAAUGUGGUGAUAUUGGUAAUGCCCGGUUGGUGUUUGAUAGAAUGCCAAGGAGAGAUAGGAUCUCGUGGAAUGCUAUGAUAGCCGGCUAUUUUGAGAAUGAAGAAUGUUUAGAAGGAUUUAGGUUGUUCUUAAUGAUGCAGAGGUUUUCAAUAGUUCCGGAUUUGAUGACCAUGACGAGUUUGAUAUCUGCUUGUGAGCUACUCGGUGACGAUAGAUUAGGCAAAGCAAUCCAUGGUUAUGUGAUCAAAACAGAUUUCGGUGACGAUGUUUCGGUGGAUAACAGUCUGGUUCAGAUGUACUCAAGUAUUGGGUAUUUGGAGGAAGCGGAAAAGGUUUUCUCGAGAAUGGAGAGUAAAGACGUUAUGUCAUGGACAGCGAUGGUUUCGGGUUAUGAUCACAAUGAGCUUCCUGAUAAGGCUGUUGAAACUUACAAAACGAUGGAGCUCCAGGGUGUUAUACCGGAUGAAAUUACUAUAGCUAGUGUUCUAACCGCUUGUGCUUGUUUAGGCCAUUUAGACAUGGGUCUCAAACUUCACGAGCUUGCUAUCAGGACUAGGCUUAUCUCAUAUGUUAUUGUCGCAAAUACUCUCAUUGAUAUGUAUUCCAAGUGUAAAUGCGUUGAUAAGGCUUUGGAAGUGUUCCAUCGUAUCCCAGAAAAGAAUAUCAUAUCAUGGACGUCGAUUAUUCUUGGACUUAGGAUUAACAAUCGGUGCUUUGACGCUUUGAUUUAUUUUCGGAAAAUGAAACAGUUGGUAAAACCAAAUUCAGUUACUUUGGUUUCUGUCCUAUCUGCAUGUGCUAGAAUAGGAGCUUUGAUGGCUGGAAAGGAGAUUCAUGCUCAUGUUUUAAGGACUGGUGUAGCUUUUGAGGGCUUUUUACCCAACGCCCUCUUGGAUAUGUAUGUACGGUGUGGAAGGAUGGGUCCUGCUUGGAAUCAGUUCAACUCAAACGAAAAAGACGUUGCAGCGUGGAAUAUUCUGCUAACAGGACAUGCCCAGCGAAGGCAAGGAAGGCUUGCUGUGGAGUUAUUUCACAGAAUGGUAGAUUCCCAGGUGACUCCAGAUGAAAUAACCUUCAUUUUGCUACUAUGUGCUUGUAGUAGAUCUGGUAUGGUCACUGAAGGUUUAGAGUAUUUUAGUAGCAUGAUGCCUUAUUACUAUAUCACUCCUAAUCUGAAGCACUACGCGUGUGUUGUCGAUCUACUUGGCCGUGCUGGACGCUUGGAUGAUGCCCAUGAGUUCAUACGCAAAAUGCCUAUAAAUCCAGAUGCAGCCAUAUGGGGCGCUUUGUUGAAUGCUUGUAGGCUUCACAGGCGGGUUGACCUUGGGGAACUCGCGGCGCAACAUAUUUUUGAAAUGGAUGAGGAGAGUGUGGGAUACUACAUUCUCUUGUCUAAACUAUAUUCUGACAGUGACAGAUGGGAUGAAGUUGCGACAGUAAGGCGGAAGAUGAGAGAGAGAGGUGUAAUUGUAGAUCCCGGAUGCAGUUGGGUAGAAGUAAAAGGAAAAGUUCAUGCGUUCCUAAGUGGUGACAGUUUCCAUCCUCAGGUAAAGGAAAUAUGUGCAGUGUUGGAGGGAUUUUAUGCGAGAAUGAAAGGAGCGGGUUUUGGAGGAGCAGAAAGAGGUCCAACUGACAACGUCGAAGCUUCAAAAGCCGAUAUUUUUUGUGGGCAUAGUGAGAGGCUGGCGAUUGCUUUUGGCCUUAUAAAUACCGCCCCAGGGACACCUAUUUGGGUAACGAAGAAUCUAUACAUGUGCCAAAGCUGUCAUGACACGGUGAAAUUUAUCUCUACGGUUGUGCGGAGGGAGAUUUCGGUGAGAGAUGUUGAAGAGUUCCACCAUUUUAAAGAUGGCAUCUGCUCUUGCGGAGAUGAGGGUUAUUGCAACAAAACCUGA